AUGGCCUUCUAUCCAGGAAGCUUGAUAACGACCCAUCAAGCUGACAGCGAGGAAGGGAUCUUGAUGACAGGAGGACAUAUGCUGGAUCAAGAAUGCCAAGACAACUUCUUUGGAGGAGGAAACAUGCUGGAUCAAUGUCAAGACAACUUCUUUGGAGGAGGAAACAUGCUGGAUCAAGAAUGUCAAGACAACUUUUUUGGAGGAUUCGUUGGAGCGGAUCUCCCACGUGAAGAUCUCCUUGGCGGAGUACAUGAGGCAGCUCCAGGCCUUGACGUAUCACGAGGAGGAGGUUGUUCGUCCUUUUUUCGAGGUGUGCCGCACAUGCCAAGCCACUGGGAGACACCGCCAUCUUCAAAUUCCAAAUGUCAUGGGCUCGAGGCGUGGCAACUUUGCCAGUCUAUCGGUAUGGAGACAGCUUGGGUUCCACGCUGGAUCCUGGAACCUGUCAGCCAGAUUGUGGAACUGGAGGCGGAGUCAAUUAAGAUCCUGGUGGAGGCGCAGCAAAUGGUGCACGCCACCGACCUUCGCCUUGAAGACAAGAAAAAGAUGGCCAAACAAGUGCGGGAUUUCCUCAUUCCAGCUACAUGGGCCAGCUGGAAUUCUCAAGUAGAAGAGCGCUUGCGCUUGGGCUCGAACAGCAAGAAACUCUCCAACCUGCUGCGCACGAUCUUGUUUGGCAGUGAAGGGUGGGGCUCCAAUUCAACCUGUCAAGUCUCCAAGCUUCUGGGCGGGCUUCGCAAGGCGCUUCAGAAGCGCUAUGUAUUUGGACAAGAACCAGCGGUCCAUCCACUUGUGGAGGAGGCAAUCAAUCGAUUCUUGUCCGUGCAGGAAGAAGCUCAAGAGCGAAAAGCAUGGACCAUCCAUCAAGUGGCGAGUUGGAAUGCCUAUGGCCGACAAGAUGUGAUGGAGACAAAAAGAAAGACUUUGCAUGCUUUGUGCGAUUGGGCAGCAAGGUCUUUACUCUACCUGAAACCGGCGCCGAUUCCUUCAAACCAAUACGAUUGGUUGAAGGAAUUCUGUCGCAACUUCAUGUCGCAGGCUGACUCGUGGCCUUCGACUCCCGAUGAGGCAGACCAGCUACCUGCGUUGGACGUGUUCCCUGACUUUGACAUGGAGCGGGUGCGUGCUGCGGUGACGAGCUUUGCCCGGGCGGAAGAAGAGGCCCAGAAGGCGGAGGAAAUUCAACGUGAAGAGGAUGAAGCCGAGGCGGAGGCGCGUGCCGCCCAGAUACGUCGUUCACAGAAGGAGUGUGACGAUACCGAACAUGCUCGAUGUGAGGCUGUGCUUUCACAGAUCCGCUGGCGUGUUGAAGCCCGCCGCCUGCAACUGGAGAUAGAGCUUUUUAGCCAGGCACACCCUCGGGAGGCGGUUCGCUUCUAUCAGCCUAGAGUUGAACGAAAGGUGCCGCUGGAUGUGGAUCGAGCGUCCGAUCACAUUGAUCUGGCCCCACUUAGCGCAACUGGCUGCUCCCAGCCACUCCAUGCAUCUGCCUUGAACAAAGUGGUGGAUGGAGAGUUGCCAGAUGUCAGCCCAAGAUUGGAGGCGUCACAACUGCCUGCAAAGGAGGCCAAGGAGGCACGAUUGAUCUGGAAGCCAAAAGUGUCACAACCGCCCCCAAAGGAGGCCAAGGAGGCACGAUUGAUCUGGAAGCCGAAAGCGCAGGUGCCGCAGCCGCCCGCCCAGGGGGCCAAAGAGGCGGCUCACAGCACCUGGGUCGCCAACACUGAAGACUGUGAAGACUGGAUGUCCUUCAAGAUGCCGCCAGCUGGUGCAGAAUUCGCGGCUCCAACUUGGUCCCGCCCUUGCAAGGAGGACAUUGAUCGUCCACCACCAACCAAGGCCCUGAGGGAGCAAGAGUCGUUUGAGCCGGCAGCCAUGCCGGUGGUGGGCCGUGUCAAGUCCGAGAAAGACUUCAUGACCAUCCCAACUGGGACCAUCCUCCAGAGUCCUCAGGAGGCGCGCUGCCGUCGAACUGUGACCAAACAACAUGGUCAAAUCCAUGUAGAUUGGCUGAACAAGCAGUUCAAAGUGAUGAACUGGAAUGUCUUGGCUGACCUUUAUGCGAAUGAAACUGCCUAUCCAUAUUGCGAGAAGUGGGCCCUCUCUUGGGAUUGGCGGAAGCAUUUGAUCAUGAAGGAGCUCAAGUCGAUGGCAGUUGACAUCAUCACGCUACAAGAGGUUCAGAAGGAUGCAUACGACGAUUGGUUCAGGCCCCAGCUGUUGGAGGCAGGCUACGAAGGUGUCUUUCAGCAGAAGAAGCGGGAUCCCAUCUUCCAUCAUGGGAAGUACAUAGCUGAAGGCUGUGCGACCUUUUACAAAACCUCCCGUUUCCGCCGCUUUGACAAGCAGGUCAUUGACUACGACCGUGAAACAUCUUGUGAAAUUCCAAACACUGGUGAUGACCAAAGGUGUCUUCAAAGGCUAUCCAAAGGAAAUAUUGCUUUAGCGGUGAUGUUGGAAGAUCAGCAGAUCAAAGCAACCAACAGCUGCCAGGCCGGACCCACUGGUGGUCAUUGCCUGGUUGUUGUGAACACUCACAUCCUUUGCGAUCCAAGCUCUUCCGAUGUGAAGUUGUGGCAGUCCUUCUUGCUGAUCAAUUCCCUCGAGCAGUUGGGCUGGAAUCAUUGGCCUUUGCUGCUUGCGGGUGACUUCAAUUCCACUCCUGAUUCAGCGGUCUACGAGUACCUCAAACAGGGCACGAUCAAUGGGGCUCACGAGGAUCUUCGAUAUGAUCCAUCAGGAUUGCUCAGCAGGUUCAGAAUGAACAUGCAUCACAACCUAGAAUUGUCUACUGCCUAUGCCGCUUGCACUGGUCAUGAGGCAGAAUUCACGAACUACACGGAGGACUUCAAGGGCACCCUUGACUAUAUUUGGUUCUCACCACAGGUGCUCGAGGUCGUGGCCAUUACACAGGUGGAUGAAGAAUGCGAGCUGAGAAAGGAACAGGCACUCCCUUCAAGCACCUGCCCAUCAGAUCACGUCUCACUCGUGGCUUCGUUCACGUUCAAAGAGGAACCAGAACAAAAGGCCGGCAGAUUUUGGCAGCCAGAUUAUGGCCGCUGUCCAGAACCUUGGGAGUAUGGCAUGUGCUAA